UGCAGGUUAUCCUAUUAUCAAUUGAGAUAAUUUUCUGCAUAUUUUUUUCAAUCUUCUCUAAUUCAUCCUUUUCCAGAUUAUGACUGUCUCGAAGCUCCAAAUCUUGUUGUUGUUGUUGUUGUUACUGUUCGUCUAUGGCCGCCAUCUGAUUGAAUCGAAAUGUGAAUUCAAAGCUAUUUAUAACUUUGGCGAUUCAAAUACAGACACAGGUGGGUUUUGGUCUGCCUUCCCGGCUCAAAACUCGCCUUUUGGAAUGACCUAUUUCAACAAACCUGUUGGCAGAGCCACCGAUGGAAGGGUGAUCAUUGAUUUCUUAGCACAGGGUAUUGGUUUACCUUUUAUCAGUCCAUAUUUAAAAUCAAUUGGUUCAAACUUUACAAAUGGAGCAAAUUUUGCAACUUUAGCAUCAACUGUUCUCAUUCCAAAUACUUCCUUAUUUGUAACUGGAAUUAGCCCUUUUUCUUUGGCCAUUCAAAUCAAUCAAAUGAAACAGUUCAAGGCUUUGGCUAUUGAGUUCCACUCCAAAGGAUCGAAGGAACUUCCUGCACCCGACACUUUCGCGAAAUCUCUUUACACGUUUUAUAUAGGCCAGAAUGAUUUUACAUCUGAUAUUGGAAAUGGUCUUGAUAGAGUUCUUAAGGAUGUUAUGCCCAAAGUAAUUGGCACAAUUGAUUGGUCUAUUAAGGAAUUAUAUAUCAUGGGUGGAAGAACAUUCAUGAUCCUUAAUCUUGCACCGGUUGGAUGUUAUCCUUCGAUGCUAGCUCAGAUUCCUCAUGAAAACUCUGACGUGGAUGAGUACGGCUGCAUGAAAUCGAUGAACGAGGGAGUUGUAGAGUAUAACGAGAUGUUGAAGAAGGCGUUGAAUGAAACUAGAAAACAAAUCCCGGAUGCUAAUAUUAUAUAUGUAGAUGUGCACUCGGUUCUUCUCGACCUCUUUCAACAUCCUACUUCUCAUGGAUUGAAGCAUGGGAUAAAAGCGUGUUGUGGAUAUGGAGGUGGGAUUUGGAAUUUCGAUGGAAAAUGUUAUUGUGGAAAUCAUAAGACGAUAAAUGGAAGGACUAUAACGGCCAGAGCAUGUGGAGACCCGCAAAACUAUGUGAGCUUUGAUGGGAUUCAUGCGACGGAUAUAACCAACAAGAUUGUGACACAAGCUAUAUUGAGCGGCUCGAUCUUUGAGCCUCCUUUCGCAAUGAACAAACUUUGUGAUCUCCAGCCUAUUGUCUAAAAAUUUUAAACAUUAUGGAAGAUUUGCACCAUGGGUUGGAUAAUUCAAACCA